AUGGUGUGGAGCCGGGCCCUCUGGUUGGUCAUCUGCAGUAUCGUGCGCUGGGGACGGCUUUGCCCCCUUAGCACGUGGGAGGAGGGCGGAUCGUUUGGAAUCAAGUCAAAGAUCAUCUCCUUGUGUUCUGACCACCAUGCCACUCAUCCCAGGCUUUUUCGGAGAGCGGCCGCGUCUGCGGUGCAGAUCAAUUUCGCGACUUGCAACGCGCUGAUGGGCGCCCAUCAGCCUGAUGAUGAUGCUGAGGAGGAGGAGGAGGAUGAGAAUGACGAGGCCAAGAGUUUGAACAGUCCAUGGAGCCCAGCGGUCUCUUUGCUGGACGACAUGCGGAGAUGCUCCAUUGAGAUGACGCAGACCACCUGCAAUGUGUUGCUGUGCUGCCUCGAGGAGGGAAGCAAGGCGACGCUGCCAGACGCGGAGAACGCGCUGGUUGAACAGGUGCCCAACGCUCGGCACCUGUGGAUGACAACCCUUGCCUUGUACGCAGAAGAGGAGGAGAAGGGAUGGCUGGAGCCGGACAGGCGUACACUGGGCGCCGUGCUCGGCGGCGCGGCAAGGGCCCAGCAAUGGGAUGGAGCGCUGCAGACGCUUUCGGACAUGCUCCGAGAGGCCCAAGACGCGCAGGGCGCCGAUCCAGACGAGGCUCACUUCGACCUGGUGAUUUCGGCUUGUGCCAAGGGCGCCUGCAAGGAUGGCCUGAAAGAUGCGACGAUCCGCAUGCGGCAUGGCGCCCUCGCCGAAGAGGCUGCCGAGAGCUACCUCCUUGAGCUAGCGGACUUGGACGGGGACUCGCCAAGUCCCAACCAGGCCAAAGCAAGCAAGUCCUGGGAUUCCUUGCCGUAUUCCAGUUUCGCUGGCAGCACGGCUGGCGAAAAGGAGCAGAAUGCCUCGCAACUGAAGGGCUUGCCGUCAGAGGGAAGUCCCGGCUUCAACACCAGUGAGAGCUCUGCCCCUGCAGAGCCGCUGUCUGCACAGCAUAUUGCGCCGAGUGGCGAAACGACGAGGAAAGAUCCCCAGGUAGAGGUGACUGCAGCUGGCGAUGUCCUGGUUGCUGGGCAAGCUCUAGCACCCGUGGCAGCUACAGCAGACCUCUCACGGACAGCAGCUCCCAAAGUUGAAGCCGCCGUCGUUUCGGUGCAGGCACUUCCUGAGCACAGCUCGCAGCCUGCGCAGGCGCCUGUUGCAGGCAUGACUGCGAGCGUGGAUGCUUCAAGGUCUGCGCAGCCAUUCCCAGCCCCUCCAGCCAACAGGCCUGACAAGGGACCAGAGGUGCAGCGAACAGAUUUGCCACAACCCGCGCGGGAACCCGCACCAUCUGUGACGGCGAACCCAACGGCCCAGACGCAGACGGUGGGGACGGUGGGGCUGGCAGGGUCCGUUAGUCAGCCGCUGUUGCAGCCGCUGCCUCCGUACCACAAUCCAACACGGAAUCCCCAGGUUCUGGCUGCUUCAAUUCCACAGCCCACGCCGCUUCCUGGCCAUACCGCAUUGGAUCUCGCGACUUCAGAGGCGACUGCACCAGUGCCACCAGCAGCCGUGGCCCCGGUAGCGAUGCCAGGGGAGGGCGUGGCCACGGCACCCCCGCAAAGCAUCUCCAGUAUUCCUAGCCAUGCUGGGGAGGCUUCGAUUCAGUUGCAAGGUGUUUCGCAACAGUUGGUCGACAUGCCUCCCAGAGUGGAAGUGGCGCGUUCUGUGGCGCCGCACUCCCCACGUGCGGCUGCAGACGCGGAGCCUCUGCAGCCAGCUGCGGUCAUUGCCGGCACUCCUGAUGCGAGGGCAGGCCCAACCGCGGCAGCUGGUUCGACGGCCGCGCAACCUCUGCAGAGAGGUGCUGAUCAGGCUGAUCCUGAGGUAAGUUCAGACACACGGACCGAGGCGUCCGAGGCGUCGGCGACGCCCGAGCCGUUGAGGCCCUUCCAGCCGGUUCUGCCGGCAAGGAAAGUUGUUCUGGUUGUCACGCCGACGGUGGUCACACAGAGUACCCUGACAGCUGCAAAUGUUGAACCCGCGCAGCCCCCACAAGCACCACCACCACCGAUAGUGGAAGCUUCACGAACAGACAGCGGCACCAUGCCUGCCGGCGACUUGCCAUCUCCAAAGCCGGAUGGCAGUCCGAGCCAGAGCUUGCCAGAUCACGUGCCUCGGGUCUCCGCAGAAGCCCAGCACGCAGCUGUCAUAUCUGUUGAAGCCGCGGCUGCCUCGGCUGUAGCAAGACAGACUGCAGCUUUAGAAGGAGCAUCAAUGUCCGUUGUGCCCGAGGGGUCCCCAACAGCAGCAGCGAUGAGCCCUGUCAGCAAUGGCAAUAUCUCCACGGCCAGUGUGAGGGGGCCAAUGCCGAUGCCCACAGCAGUGAGCAGCCAGGGAGAGCCGGCGCAGCACCUGUCCAUGGCGGCGGCCAGCCUGGCAGAGCAAGAGAGCUUCCAGGAUGAAGGAGACAAGGCCAGGCAGGUCCCGAUUGCCUCGGGCAUGAUGCCAGCUGCCCAAGGCAUGGCUGCCACGCCCAUGGCUCCCAUGGGGGGUACCGUGGUAAGCAAUGGUGCGGCCUCGGCGAUGGUGCCAGGGAUGAUGAGUGCAUCAGCCGGAUCAGAUCCGACAACAACUGCAACUGCAGCCCCCACAACGGCUGCACCAACCACGGCAGCAGCUACCGCAGCACCUACAACUGCGGCAGCUACCACAGCUGCUGCAACCACCAUAGCAGCAACCACCACUGGAAAAGAGGAAGGUGAAGGGGAGGAGGGAGAAGAGAAGGAAAGCGGAGAAGAACAUGGAGGUGGCCAUGAAAUUGUUGCGGUGGGAGCGGGCAGCAGUGAUGAGGCGAGCUUAGAGAACAGCAGUGCGGGGCCAGCCGAUGGGACCUCUGGAGAGGCUGGCGCUGGAGCGAAGGCCAAGAUCUUGGGCAUGGAUCAACAGCUGCUGCUGACUGGUGUGGCCGCCGUUGUGCUCAUUGUGGUGGUGCCGGUAGGCGUUUUCUGCUGUUGCUGCCGGAGAAAGUAA